AUGGCUACGGAAGCACCCAAGAAGGUCGAAUGGCUCGUCGUCAUCCCCGACUUCCCCGGCGCUCAGGCGAAGAGGUUGGAGGUGCGCCCACAACACUUCGCCGGCCUCGGCCCCGCCAAGGAAUCCGGGCUGUACCAGAUGGGAGGCGCCGUCCUCAACGAACCCCCCACCUCAGACGACCCCACCACCUUCUCCUUCGCCGGCAGCACCAUCGUCAUCCUGGCGUCGAGCCGUGAGGAGAUCAGGGAGGUGCUGCGCAAGGACGUGUACGCCAGCUCGGGGGUUUGGGAUGUCGAGAAUGUGAGUUGA